AUGCGUCUAACCAACAUCCUAAUCCUAUUCGCUUGCUCUAUCACCGACGUUGAUGCAGAAUUGAAAUAUUGGAGGAUACAACAAGGCGCAAAAUGUGGUGCCUCAAUCUAUCGCCAGGAAACGCUAGAAGAUGCAAUUAAGCCCCAUUGCCGCAUAAAUUCUGACGGGAAGCCGGAGAUCAUUCUUACGGAUGAUAUGAAGAGGUCUUACAUCAUCCCGGAACCACCAACUCCGCUUUACUACUUGCCUCUACCAUCUGUGGACGCCAAUGGCGAAAUUGUCUCUAAGGAGCCCACCGACUACCAUGUAGCAGUUGAUCCGUAUUGUGAAUUCAACGUGGUGACAGAAGUCAUGAGCGUGGCCGACGACGGAAUUACUGUGGAUAACGAAAUGAGAAAAGACUGUGUGCCUGACAAGCCAUUCACUUAG